ACAUGUUUUCAGCAGAUGACGAGGACUUCCUGUGCUCAGAAAGCAUUUCACAACAUCUCUUCCUGCAGUAAGUCACACCCUGAACAGAGCUGCUGUUCCUUUAAGGGGUUUUACUCUGUUAUAUGAUGGUGUGAGGGGGGUUUAUCUGCUGGUCUGGGGCCGGAGCAGGAGGAUGGAGGGAGUUUAGAUGAGAGAGGAACGAGGGAACGCUGGAGGACAGAUGGACUGAAGGGGAUUCGGCUGUUUUAUUAUAAAGUGUGAAUGGCGUGAGAGCGAGGUGCCCAGAGGAACGGCAUGGACUCUCCAGAUCUACGGGAGCAGGAGAGGCUCAUCUUCAUCAUCACGCUGCCCCUGUCCACCGCCAUCAUCCUCGCCAACCUCCUCAUCAUCGUGGGCAUCGCCUGCAACCGGCAGCUGCACAACACGCCCAACUACUUCUUCCUGAGUCUGCUGGUGGCGGACGUUUGCACGGGUUUUGCCUUGCCGUUCAUCCCGCGGAUGGGCCUCAAUCGUACGCUGAGCUUCCAGGCCUGUCUGCUGAUGCACAUCUUCCCCAACUUCCUCUUCCUGUCCUUCCUCUUCAACCUGGUCAUGGUGCACUACGAGCGAUACCUGUGCAUCGUCAGUCCGCUGCACUACAGUCAGUUCUGGGUGCACCGCUGCUUCCCGGCCGCUUUGCUGACCGUCUGGAUGCCUCCGCUGCUCUACGCUUCGCUUCCCGCCUUCGGUUGGAACAACUGGAGCAGCAGGAACCUCCAGAACUCGUCUUCAGACGCCAACAUCACCACCAGCUCCAGCGUAGAGGGAAGCUGUAACUUUUCACUAGGAGAGUAUGACGACUGCUGCUCCUACAAGCAGGUCUUCACCAGGGCAUUCAUCUACGUGGAAGUCUACGGGCUGCUGCUUCCAGCUAUCAUGUGCAUCAUUGGGUUGACGGGACGUGUGCUUUGGAUCACCAGGAAGCAGGUCCAGGACAUCUGCAAGCUUCACCGUUCGGUGGAACGCAAAGAAGCGUCAGAUCACGAGCAGCAGCUCAACGUUCGCUACGCUAAAUGCGUAGCUGCCGUGUCUCUCAUCUUUCUCGUGUGCUGGGUUCCUUACAUCGUCUACCUCCACGUGUCGGUGGCGCUUUUUCGAGGCACCAGCUACAGCAGGUCCACCUUAAACAUCAUCCUGUCGUGCACUGGGAUCGGCAGCAUGGCCAUUAUACCGGUUAUACUGGGCCUGGCCAACCGACAGUACACAGACCCAAUAAGAAAGCUGCUAGCAAAGCUGAGGGACCGCUGGACUGGCUUACGAACUUCUGAAGAUGCUACUCCAUGAAAAUUAAACGCUAUUUAACAUGCUUUUCAACUAACUUAAAGACUAUUUUAAAAGUUGAAUCCAUCAGAAAUUAAUAGAGACAAUUCCAAUGGACAUUCCUACUGGAUAACAUUCAACGUUACUAUGAAUUAUUUGUUGUUUAGAGAGCUUUGUUGUCCGUAUUAACGUUUGUUUUGAUAAAUUAAGUGCACUCUAACAAGUGGUUCAUUCAUUCCACCUUAUAAAAUCCUUUAAAAGACAAUAGCUUCCAAAGUGUACCAACUUCUGCAUUUUCCACAAUUUUACCAUUUCAUCAUAAUACUGUAUGAAACUCAGAAGAAAUAAAAAC